GAGGGGGGGGUUUCCAUCAUGGCGUCGAUGCAGAAAAGGCUACAAAAGGAAUUAUUAGCCUUGCAAAAUGAUCCACCCCCAGGAAUGACGCUCAAUGAAAAAAGUGUACAGAACACCAUUACACAGUGGAUUGUAGAUAUGGAAGGAGCACCUGGCACACUGUAUGAAGGAGAGAAAUUUCAGCUGCUUUUCAAAUUUAGUAGUCGAUAUCCUUUUGAUUCACCUCAGGUAAUGUUCACAGGAGAGAAUAUACCUGUCCACCCGCAUGUGUAUAGCAAUGGUCACAUCUGUCUAUCUAUCCUAACGGAAGAUUGGUCGCCAGCGCUCUCAGUGCAAUCAGUUUGUCUUAGCAUUAUCAGCAUGUUGUCCAGCUGCAAAGAAAAGAGACGACCGCCUGAUAACUCGUUUUAUGUAAGAACGUGUAACAAAAAUCCAAAGAAAACAAAAUGGUGGUAUCAUGAUGAUACAUGCUAAUGUACAAACUUUGUAUUAAAGAGCGAAGUCCUACUGACCUACGUAAAGCACUUUUUAAUCAUUCAGUCUUUGAACUCUGACCUUUGACUGGAACAAUGGACACCAUGCGCUGGAGGCUCUUGGCUGCAUGUUUUAGUUGGUUGUAAUAUACAAAAUAAUGGAACGUUUAGAUGCACCCAAGAUGGAACGUCUUUAUCUUUUUUUUUUUUUUUUCUUCAUUUUGGGGGGGCAAAAAGGUCAUAAUGGAGCGAGCAACGAAAGGCAGACUUGUAGUGAGAUAAUUAUAAUUCCUGUUUUAAGAUGAUUAUUGUUACUUUUUUGUUUGUGUGUGGCUGCAUUUUAAGGUCCUUGUGUUGUGCAAUAAUAACUGAUGGAUGCAUGCUGGGGCCUACAAAGAGAAAUCCAAAUCUAAUUGUCUUCUGGAAGGGAUUUGACCAUCAGCCCCAAGAAAAUGCUUCAUCUCUUUUUAUUAUUAUUAAGUACUACAUGCACUGUGAGGGUAUCUAGUUUAAAAAGGCACUAUUAUGUUAUUCCCAACUUGCAGGUGUACUGUAAGCAGUCCUUCACGUUUAUCAGGUUUAAAGGUUUUUAGUUUUUAACAACUGUAUUUGAGAGUGCAUGCAGUUUUCUUCAUCUUCCAACUCUAGAGACCUGGUUGCAUUUCUUCCUGCUGUUGGGCUGAAAUUCGGUACACACGGGAAUAACGCAGAUGUGACGGUAGAUUCGGGAGUCAUCCAAUGACCUCAGUGUUUAUCUCCUCAUAAAGUUGGGCUGAUCUUUGCUGGGCCAGCUUGUUAAGAUGCAUCAGCCUCUCUUCCAUUUAAAGAAUGUUAUCACGAUAUACUUUUUUUUUUUUUUUAAUUAUUAUUGUUUCAUGCUUUAAUCUUCUAAAAUGUUUGAUUUUGAAAUGUCUUUUUUUUUGUACUUUUUUCAACUAGCUGAUACUUUGAAAAGGGGGUGCUUUGAUGGGUCAGUAUGUUUUUGAUUUUUUUUUUUUUUUUUUCUUUUUGUAUUUAUUUUAAAUAUUCUCCAGAAUGACAAAAAAGGAGAGUUUCUAGAAGUUCUUAAGACAACUUAUUUUUUCCCCUCUUCCCCCUGGUCAGAGUUUUGGCUCAGGUACUUUUUCAAUAAAGAGAUCACCUCUAAAAAGAUACCUAUCAGAGAUUUUGAAUUUAACUAUAUUUUCACCAAGAGACUGUUAUGUUGUAAACUUGUAACAUGUCUGAAACUAUUCUGUACAUAUAUACGUCUUUAAAUUGUUGGAUUAUGUGCAAAAGCUUAGCAGAGGAUGCAUUAACUUUGUAGCGGAUUGAUAAUAGGAGUGCUUUAUUUCAUUGGAAGUUUGCAUCUUUUGCUAAUUAGGAUGUGUACAGUCAGCAACAAACAUGUAAAGUUGGUUUAAUUAAAAAAAAGUAGUUUUACAGUGGGGGUGCAUGCAGUUUUAAACCCUACUUUUUCUUAUUGGCAUCUAACAUUGUGACAACUUUUAGUCGUUCCAUAACUAAGGUCAUGGUUUAUGGGAUGGAUUUUUCCAGUGGUCACCUGCAGAGGCUGUGGUCAUUUCAAAGUGUAAUCACUCCAUUCCUUUAUCGCCAUCCAGUCAGAGAUACUUGAAUUUUUUUCCAUCUUGGGUUGUUGAACUUUUUUUUUCCAGGGUCUAGCUGAAUUUCUUGAAUGAACUUGCGUGAAUGUGAUGAUACUCUAUACUGUAGAGGAGAUUACCACAGCACACUGCUAUCUCAGUAAAAAAACAAAAAAGCUAUAUUGAUAAAGACAUCUAUUUAACCAAUGAUUUUCUUUUUUAAAUGUAUAUUAGCAUCAUUGUAUAAGGGUCUUGUCUGCUAUCGCUGCUGCGAGAAUAAGACGGACUGAAAUGAUUGUGUAAAUGCAGUCACAACAGCAUCCAUGCAGAGAGACACAAGGCCUUCACCCAGUGGAUCAGUAAUGAUUCAAAAAACAUGCGCGUGGCUAUGUUACAAGGGUCUGUUUGGAUGUUCUCCCCCCUCCCCACACCCCCUUAGGUUGCUUUUUUUUUUUUUUUGUUUGUUUUUUCUUUUCUUUUUCGUUUAAAUGUGGUUUGAACUCUUAGCUUGCAAGUUGUUGUGAGUGAUCAACACUAAUAAGGGUGUGUUUAUUUAUAUUUGAAACUUUGUUCUGGGAUGUGCAAGCUCCAUGUAAUAGGUGCCUGUUCAUUUUCAUAAUCAAUAAUAAAAGCA